UAUUAUUUUCUCGUGGCCGCUGACGCGCGCACACGGUCACGGUGACGAUACUCUCAAAGUCUCACUCAUUCACCCGUCGGCACUCGGUGGCGACUACGACGACGAAAUCUCUACCUAUACCCGACCUGUAUUAUAAUUGCGUGUACCUCUCACGUCAUAGAUCUAUAUAGGCAUACAUGUAUAGUAGUUAUGCCAGAGUGAACGGGCGAUACAUAAUAAUAUACAGAUCGAAACGAUAUCGCUGUGGGUAGUUAUAAUACUUUCCCUCUGCCGCUGAACGUUUUCCACAUCGCCGACACAACAGUCGACACCGAGCUGUUAAAUGGGCUCGAUAGCGUCCAAGAGCACUGAAGGCUAUUAAUCCAGUAUAUCAUACAGGGAUUGAAUGUUAUUUAUUCGAAGACUAGUAUUUAGAAGUAGUAUACGUUCCCAAUUGCGUGUGUUUUGCAGAACAAUGUCGGGUCCCAAUGAUGAUGUCAUUGAACAAAUUGUGUGUAAAGAAAAUGACAUUCCUGAUAAUGGAAUGCAAGAAUUUGAGAUUGGAAACAAUGGGAAUAAAAUUUUAGUUGUAAAACAAAACAAUGAAUUUUUUGCUGUUGGAUCAAAAUGUUCCCAUUAUGGUGCACCUUUAGUCAAAGGGGCUCUAGGAGAUGGUACAGUAAGAUGUCCUUGGCAUGGUGCUUGUUUUAACUUGAAAACUGGUGACAUUGAGGAUUUUCCUGGUUUAGAUAGUAUUCCGAGUUUUAAGGUUUCUGUAGCUAAUGGAAAUGUAAAAGUAUCCGCCAAGAAAUUUGCACUUGAACAUUCAAAAAUUGUUAAACCAUUAACUAAAUACAAUCCAGAAAAUAAGCGUACAUUCAUUGUCGUUGGGAGUGGACCCGCUGGUACAGAAUGUGUAGAAAAAUUAAGACAAGAAGGAUAUGAUGGUCGAUUGAUAUUGAUCACAAAAGAUAGUUAUUUACCAUACGAUCGAACAAAACUAAGCAAGGCUUUAAGCUCUGAAGCUACUAGUAUUUUAUUACGUUCUCAACAGUUUUAUGAAUCUGGAGAUAUUGAAAUGCUAACUAAGACUAGUGUAGAAUCCGUUGACACUAGUGCAAAAAUUGUACAUUUAUCAAACAAUGAACAAAUAACAUUUGAUGCUAUGUUUAUCGCCAGUGGAAUGACGCCUCGUUCUACACCUGAAGUUUCCAAGUAUGACAAUGUAUUAACGUUGCGCACAAUAGAUGAUGCACAUAAAAUCUUUCAAAGUUUGUCUUCUGAUUGCCAUUUAGUUGUUAUUGGAUCAUCAUUUAUUGGAAUGGAAGUGGCUGCUGCAACUUUUUCUAAAGUAAAAUCAGUGCAUGUAAUUGGCCGUAGUGAUGUACCUUUUAAAGAAAGUUUAGGAAAAGAAAUUGGUGAACGAGUGCAGGAAUUAUUUGAAUCUAAAGGCGUAGUAUUUCACAUGAAAACAAGUGUAAAAAAUUACAUUGGUUAUAAUAAUCGACUCUCUGAAAUAGAGUUGUCUGAUGGACAAAAGUUAAAAGCUGAUGUUUGCAUCAUAGCCACUGGAUCAAAGACUAAUGUUGAUUUUUUGACUGGUUCUAAUAUUGAAAUUAACUCUUCUAAUGGGGCAAUAGAAGUUGACGAGAAUUUGGAAACUAAUGUAAAAGGAAUAUUUGCCGGUGGAGAUGUUGCUAAUGCUCCUGUCUACCCCACAGACAUUAAAGCGUCUUUAGGUCAUUGGCAGCUGGCAACAUACCAUGGAAAAAUUGCUGCCUUACAAAUGCUUGGCAAAAAAACCCCUAUUAAAUCUGUACCCUUUUUCUGGACAGCAUUAUUUGGCACUAGCAUAAGAUUUGCUGGAUACAACCGAGGUUACACUGAUGUUCUGAUUAAUGGAGAUCUUGAAAACUUCAAAGCUGUUUUAUAUUAUUGCAAAGGAAAUGAGAUUGUAGCUGUAGCAACGGUUGGAAGUGAUCCAAUUGCUGCACAAUUUGCUGAAUUAUUAAGAAGUGGUAGGACAUUGAACAAAGAUCAAGCAAUUGACAAUAAAUGGUUGACCGAGGAAGAAGAUACAGUUGUGUGCACCAGACUAUGAUUAACUGUGCUUUGAAUCAAAAUUAUAACCUUAAUUUUGUUUCAAUAUUUUGUUAACUAGUAAUUUAAAUAUGUCACAUAUAUAUUUAAAUGUUUAUAAUCACAUUAA